CAUUUACCAUCUCAGGCAUCCUUAUUUGCCACUGAUCCGACUCUGCCAGUUGUUUGCUUCAUACCUUUUUCUCGCGCCUUUUGCCAGGUUCCCUGUAAAGUCUUAAUACUUCCACAGAGACGGCGGUGCAUGACAGACAGCAAGGGGCCACUGUAAGACUGACAUUUCUGACACCGGCCGCAAUCCCCCUCAUGUCAGUAUAAACGCCCAUCUCGCUCGGCCCCCUACCGGCCACCGGCCCAACAGCAGGAGGGGCUUCAGUCCAGCCAACAAACUUCCCAGAGAGCAGCGGGGAAACAUCAGAAAGUCGCUCGCGCUCCUCCAGAAUGAACUUUUGGAACUUACGUCGCUACCAGUAUAUAAAGGAAUACGGUUUCCGGCUAAAUAACAUCUCCUGAGCUCAUUUAGCGCUCGAUGUAUUUCAUUACCACGAACAACGGAUUUGUUUAGCGGGCGCCUGCCUUUAUUCACUGUUUUAACGUGCAGCAGCGGUCGCUUUACUGGGGAAGGACCUCUUCGGCGUGAACGCUUUUACAUACGUCUUUAUAAUGGGGGGAAAUGUUUAUUGUGUUUCAUCUUUUUCCUUUUAGUAUUUGUUUUGACCGGUGAAUAUUGACAGCAGAUGUUUACCGGAGUCUAUUCCAUGUAGAUAUCGUAUAAAACAUAGAGUAAAGUUCUUUGGCACUUUAAUGAAUACGUCAGGUGGUAACUAACCGCGUUCGAGUUGCAAAGGAUGGCCGGCGUGGUGCGCACCCUGAGCCGGUGUCUGCUGCCCGCUGAGGCCGCGCACGAUGACAGGAGUAACGCGAAAGCGCCGGACGGCGAGCGCGACGCGAACCAGGAGCGCGAGGCGAAGCGGCGCGAGCGCGAGGCGAAGCGGCGCAGUCGCGAGAUCGACGCCAUGCUCGCGCGCGAGAGACGCUCGGUGCGGCGCCUGGUGAAGAUCCUGCUGCUGGGCGCCGGAGAGAGCGGCAAAUCCACCUUCCUCAAACAAAUGAGGAUCAUCCACGGGAAAGAGUUUGACCAGAAAGCGCUGCUCGACUUCAGGGAUACCAUCUUCGAAAACGUCAUCAAGGGAAUGCGGGUACUGGUGGAUGCCCGAGACAAACUUGGUGUUCCCUGGCAGAACUCUGAGAACGAGAAGCAUGGCAUGUUUGUUAUGUCCUUUGAAAACAAAGCAGGCAUGCCCGUCGAACCCUGCACCUUUCAGCUGUACGUCCCAGCCCUGCAGACUCUCUGGAGUGAUAGUGGCAUCCAGGAUGCCUACGGCCGACGGAGUGAAUUUCAGCUGAGUGAAUCAGUGAAAUAUUUCCUGGACAACUUGGAUAGGAUUGGACAAGCGAAUGUGGCCAGGAAGGCUGGAGCCAUUAAGAAGAUCCCUUUUAAGAUGGUAGAUGUGGGUGGCCAGCGCUCCCAGAGACAGAAAUGGUUUCAGUGCUUCGACGGCAUCACCUCCAUCCUCUUCAUGGUGUCCUCCAGCGAAUUCGACCAGGUGCUGAUGGAAGACCGCCGCACCAACCGCCUGGUGGAGUCCAUGAACAUCUUUGAAACCAUAGUCAACAACAAGCUCUUUUCUAAUGUGUCCAUAAUCCUCUUCCUCAACAAGAUGGACCUUCUGGUGGAGAAGGUACGCAAAGUCAGCAUUAGCAAACACUUUUCAGACUUCCGGGGGGACCCUCACCGACUGGAGGACGUGAAGGCCUAUCUUGUUCAAUGCUUCAACCGCAAGCGGCGCAACCGCAGCAAGCCGCUUUUCCACCACUUCACCACUGCCAUUGACACUGAGAACAUCCGCUUCGUCUUUCAUGCCGUCAAAGACACAAUUCUUCAGGAGAACCUUAAAGAUAUAAUGUUGCAGUGACCUUUACAGGAACUUUUGAUCCAUUCUGCCGUUGUUUAAGUCUGUUUCCUAUGCUAUUGCAGGAAAAAAUGCCUUACGGAUUUAAUUUGAACCCAUUUUGCCUUGACAGCUGUGCAGGAGAAACCCCAAUACCACGUACCCCAAUAUCCAGUCUUUAAUAUUUGAGGCAUGGCGUGUGAAAAUGACAUGAACCUCUCUUGUGAAUCUCAAUCAUUUAAAUGUGUUCCUGUGAAACAGGAAGUGUGAAGACACCUUGGGUGGUAGAAAAGCCAAGAACAGUAGGGGGUAUUACAGUUCGUCACUGCAAAGAAAACGAAGCAAACCGAUAACUGAUCGUUAUUGAGAAUUUUCACCUCUUUCCUCGAAGAUAAUCUCAAUGCACAAUAACUUUUACACUGGCUCAUCUCACAAAUAACAUCCUAAAAAUAAAUAGCAAACCUGCACUGAACAUCCUUCUUGAUCAAGUAGUUAAUUUCAUUUCACUUGACAGGUUUAUUUUUUAUUUAAUCUAACAUUUUAAAUCACGUUUUGCUUUAUCUAUACUUGUGAGUUUAUAGAUGACAUGCAAAAUUCUCAUUAACAACUAAGCAGGGUUUUUGUACAUAGAGUGAAUAGCAGCUUUUGUACAUGUUAACUGUCUCUUCUGCUUUUAUGUGUCUCUUCACGUUAAGCUACAAGCUUUGAAGUAUAGAGUAGGGUCAAAUCACUGGUUAUGCCUAACACCACUAACUUAAUGCAUUAAUGGUAUUUUUAAAAUGUCAUUAUUGCACAGCAUAUGUACUUUAUUCUGAGUAUUCGAAUGAUGUUAAUCCUCUCGAAAUGUAUUUAACCUGUGUAGUUUUCGACUUCACGAGGAGAUUACAGCGGGAGUCGUUCCGAUGCUGUUCGGGGACUUGAGUUUUAUUCUCUGGAUCUUGAUGAAUGUCAUCUGUGAACGUCUGUGGGGUUUUAGCUGGAGUUGCGAUCCCUGUUUUAUUCUUUUGAACUACUUCAUGAACGGGGCGUGAAGUGACUUCCUGUGUGGGAGGUGGCACAGGUUGAUCCAUUUUCCAGAGAUCCGGUUUUGGCAAUCAGAAGUAAUCGCUGACUCAAGGUCAUUUUUCGAUUUCGGUGCAGGUGUCCGCUUGUCAGAAUUUAGUUUUUGCCAUUGUUUUGUGUUAAGGGAAAGCUUGAGAUACGCUAUCAAAUAGUUUUCAAGUUUUAACAAGAGCAUCAAGCCCUCUUCUUACACGUCUUUAAUGUCUGUGGAUUAGAAUGGAAACUGUGACUCAUAUCUUGCAAAACAACACUGACAAUGUCUCUCUGUGCGCUAAAGGUAUUUAAAUGGUGUCCUUCCUCAUAAUCACCGCAGUGCCACGUUGGCCUACUGAAAGUUGGCAGGAAGGGAUUUGAUUUGAGAUAUCGGACACACCCUAAACCUUUGUCCCUGACAGCUCUUCCCAGUUGGAGAAAAACACAUGCAUUUACUGGAAGAUCUCUGGCUCCUCUUGUGCACAUAAGAAGCCGAAUGGACUCUUUCAUUUAAGGCUGUGUUUGCCCCUGCUUCCUCUUUUAAGACCAUAAAUCCAUUGGGAGAGUUUGAAAGUUAAAUAGCGGAAAAGAAACACAGACACAGUUUGAAGGUUGUUAAAAACCGCAAUCAAGAUAAGCAUAUGGCGUGUAGUUAAUUUGAUAUAAAUUAUAUUUGGAGAAUAAUAAAAUAAACGAUUUCAAUCUACUGAUGGUGAUUUACAGUACUUACGUUACAUUUGCUGCUCUGGUGUUUUGUCCCUUUUAGGAUCUUGUGAGUGUCACUAUUAACAGGACGUCUACUUCAACACUCUGUCAGUGUUUUACUGUAGAUUUUUCAAAUUUCAAGUUUUGCUUCCCUAAAGUUUUAUGUAUCCAGUGAUUGUAAAAAGUGUGAAAUUCCAGAUUUUAACUUCAUUACGUGUGUUUUGUAUAUAAGACCUGUAUAAAUACAAUAAAAUGUUGAGUUAUA